CUAUACAUUCAUUUUAGAUUUGUAUCUGAAGACAAGGUUAAGGAUGCUGUUUCAUUAGCAAUGGACCUAAUUAAGAAAUUUCCUGACACUAUGAUUGGCUUUGAUCUGGUUGGUGAAGAAGAUGUUGGCUAUUCUUUGAAUAAAUUCAUCAACCAGCUACUGCUACCAGUCAACCAAAAUGUCAAAUUGCCAUAUUUCUUUCAUGCAGGUGAAACAGAUUGGCAAGGUACAAGCAUUGAUGAAAACCUUAUUGAUGCCAUCCUCUUGAAUGCGUCUCGUAUUGGACAUGGAUUCGCUAUUCUGAAACAUCCGGGUGUUUUAGAUGAACUGAAGAAACGAGACAUUGCAAUAGAAGUCAACCCAAUAUCCAAUCAG